AUGGCGAACGCACUUACCAACUACGCGGCCUAUAUCGACCCAAUCACCAAAGCAUCCCGGAUAGGACAUUUGGACCUUGCGACAUCUACGAUCACGCCCCUCUCUUUUCGGUCUGGGACUUCCGUCACAGACCUCUACCAAGUGAUUGCCGCGGGCGAAGCCAACAUCGCGACAUACCCAGGACAAGACAUUCGCCCACUUUCCAGCGUCAAACUUCUCCCUCCAAUCUCCGGCCGCGACAUCCUGGCCGUGGGAAAGAACUACUCAGAGCAUGCGCGUGAAUUCAACAGUUCUGGCUUCGAUGCCAGCGACAAGAAUGACCAACCGACUCACCCCGUCAUCUUCACUAAACGCGCCACUUCAAUCAUUGGCCAUGAGGACCCAAUUCUUUUGCACCCGGAGUUCACCAGCACACCCGACUAUGAGGGAGAGAUUGGCGUCAUUAUCGGCAAACCCGGCUUUCGAAUCUCUGAAGAACAAGCCAUGGAGCAUAUCUGGGGCUAUACAAUUAUCAAUGAUAUGACAGCGCGUGAACGCCAGCGCGACCAUAAGCAAUUCUUCCUGGGUAAAUCGCCAGAUACAUUCUGUCCCAUGGGUCCAAUUGCGGUGCCCAAAGAAGCGCUACCAGAGGACUUGAUCGUGCAGACACACGUGAACGGGGAGAAGAGACAGGAGGCGUCGAUCAAGGAGUUGAUUUUCAGUAUCCCGACUCUUGUCGCGAGUAUCAGCGCCGGACAGACACUUCAAGCGGGAGACGUGCUGGCGACGGGAACGCCAUAUGGUGUUGGGUUUGGGUUCCGGCCGAUGAAGUUCUUGCAACCUGGGGAUGAGGUUUGUAUUAGUGUUUCAGGAUUGGGGAUGUUGAAGAAUUCAAUUGCUAGUCUCGAUACUGUCAAUUAUACAACCGAGAGUGUGAAGAAUGAUCAAAGUAUCAUUCCGGUGUCGAAUGCGAAGGCUCCCGCAGGGUCGGGAUUGCACAGGAUCAACGGAAAAGAUCUCUUUUACCAGCACGUUGGCCACAAGGAUGGUCCACCUGUGAUCUUUAUUCACGGACUUGGAGCAUCAUCGACAUAUUACACUCCAUUGAUUUCAAAACUCGAACAAUCGCAUUCCCUGCAUCUUCUGGACCUCGAAGGGCACGGUCUUUCUCCGACAUCAGCAUUGAACGAACUUACCAUCGCCUCAUACGCUGAAGACAUUCACCAGACGCUGCAGUUUGCAUCGAUCAACACUCCUGUCACACUUGUUGCACACUCAAUGGGCUGCCUCAUCGCCGCACACCUCGCCCUCCACCGCCCAGAACAAGUCUCCAAACUCAUCCUCCUAGGACCCCCACCAUCUCCGCUCCCCGAACCCGCAAGUCAAGCAACUUACGCCCGCGCGAGCCUAGUCCGCGAGAAAGGCAUGAUAUCUGUCGUGGACGCCAUUAUCCAAGCUGGUCUAUCUGCACAGGUCCGCGCGAAUAACCCCCUAACAGUCACGGCUGUGCGGCUGUCACUGCUUGGACAGGAUGUGGAGGGGUAUGCGAAGGGGUGUAUGGCACUUGCUGCGUCUGCCAAAGAGACAUUGGACUUUAGCAAAAUCAAGUGUUCGGUUAUUAUUAUUACUGGGGAGGAGGAUAAGGUUGGAUCGGUGGAGGUCUGUGAAAGGUAUGUGGGGCAAGUUGACGAUGGGAGGGUUGACGUGCUUAAAGAUCCGACGUCUUCUGGUCCGUCGCCUGGAUGUCCGCCGCAAACGGGCCCCCAGCAGGAACCUACAGCCCCCUUAGAAGCAAACUCCAACUUCGCGGAUCCGGAGAAGAGCGGGAAAUAUGCAGGUGGGCCGGGAGUGUGUAUGAUUGUGCGGUACAAGGAUACAUCUGUCGGGCCAUAUGAUGAGGUUAUUUGGAUGCCGGGGUACUUCGAGGUUCCGGGGACGAGGAGGAAACAUGCUAGGAUUGCGGGGAUUUAUGUUUCGAGGGUGGAGUCGGUUUUGAAUGGUUAG